CAACAGCUUCACGCUUCGGUUUCACGUUGCUGAAUGAAGAAAUGAAAUAGCGUGCGUGCCUUGACAUUCCCUGUCAGAAUUUUUCUUCUUUCGCUUAAAUAAUAAAGUUAACUUAGAUAAUAUUUAAUACCGGGUGUUUUGUUGUAUUAUCGUUGAAGCAAGAACGAUGAUUUAGCAAGCUAGCUAAAACGCCUGCUAAACUUAAAUUAAUGGUUCUACAUUUAAACUGCUGAAGUUUAAUACUAAUACUUACUGGUUUAGACAUAAGGGAUGUUGCGGAAUUUUUGUAGGUAUCACAGACAAUUUAGUCAUGUCAGUGUGCCAUUUUUAUUUCGUCAAGGGCAGCAUGUCCUCAGCUUAUCAACAACGCACAUUCAGAAGGCAAAAUAUGCCAGUUCCAUCACAGAGAGAAAGAAAUUCUAUGAGAAUGUUUCUAUAUCUCAAGGUGAAGGAGGCUUAUUUGAAAUAAACCUUGACAAGCGAAAGCUGAAGACCCCAGGAGGAAAGCUGUUCACUGUGCCCAAUGAGGCUCUUGCCAUUGCUGUUGCAACAGAAUGGGAUGUUCAAAAGGACACACUGAAGUUUUAUGCCAUGCAUUUAACCACUCUUUGCAACACAGCUCUUGACAAUCCAUCACAGAAGACGAAAGACCAAAUGAUCUCAGCUGCUCUAAAGUUUUUGGAGACAGACACUAUCUGUUACAGAGUCGAAGAACCUCCAGGUCUUGUGGCGCUUCAGAAAAAUGAAUGGGACCCUGUAAUGGACUGGAUAGAACAAAGGUACAAUGUAGUCAUUGGCUCAUCAUCCAGUAUAAUGGGACCUCAAAUCCCAGAGGAGACUAAGGAGACUUUUAGUCACCACCUCAGGUCCUACAAUUUCUGGUCUCUGACAGGGCUUGAGUAUGUGAUUACUCAACUGAAAUCGUUGGUCCUGUCUUUUGGACUGAUUGACAGACACUUAACUGUGGAACAAGCAGUUCUGUUGUCCAGACUGGAGGAAGAAUUCCAGAUCCAGCACUGGGGAAAUGUGGAAUGGGCCCACGAUUAUGACAUGUAUGAGUUGCGGGCACGAACAGCUGCUGGUGCCCUGUUUGUGCAUCUUACCUCUGAAAGCACAGCUGUCAAGAGAAAAAUCUUACAGGACUGAUAAUGCCUGUGAACAAGGGCAAACAAGCACUAUAUAGGACUGAAAAACUCAGAAAUGUGACUUAAGUUUAUCCAUGAUAAACCUUUGAUUUAUAUGAUUAUAAAAGGUUUUUUGCAGGAAGCUUCAGUGACAUCAGUUUCUUGCUAUAUUAACAUAGAAGAAAACACAGCUGCUGUCUAGCUAUGUUUUGAGCAACAAUGUGGAUAUCUAAGACCACAAUAAAUAUAUUCUGUUUCAGCAGUUGCCAUAUGGAAAGUGUGUAAGUGGCAAAAUCCCAGUUUUUUUUUUAAAACUGUGAUAAUGUUUAGCUAUUGUUGUGUUGGAAAUUUCCAAAUCUUUUGAUAAAUGACCAUCACGUGCAAAUGUGUGGUUGAGUCAUA